AUGACACCACAUCAAGACCCUGGCGAUUUCAUCUAUCUAAUUCUGAAGUUUCAUCUCCCAGCCUAUAUACCCAGCUGCCACGUGAAGUAUUCCUUCAACAAGACACCCUAUGUAGGGCUGACUGAUGGAGAGGCCCCUGAAUGUGGCUGGAGUAGACUGAACCAGCUUGCCACCAGUUUGAAGGUUAUGGGACUGGGAGAAUAUCUUGACACCCUGGACAACCAUAUCAGCAACUACAAUUAUAGGAAGUCAGUGUUGAUGGGCUCCACUCUGUUGAAAGGGAUCCUGAAGGCCAUCCCAGCCAGAAUCUUGCAUAGCGCUGUCUAUGCCGAGUUCACUGCAUCUCUACCUGAGCAAGAUGUUCAACGUUGGAGUGAGGCUAUUGAGGCAUGGGAGUGGGAUCCAGUCAAUGCUGUCAAUCCGUUUGAAACCACUGUCACUCGUACAUAUCUCUAG